GACCGGCGCCGGCGCAGCUCGGAGUUUUACUUCCGGGGUCAGAGGUGGCGGCGGGGCCGGAAGUGGCUUGCUCUGGGGGAGUACUUCCGGCGAGGCCUGGAAGCGGUGGCGGCUGUCGGCUGUCGGCAGGUACCGGGCGGUCCGGGACGAGGUGAUGUUGUGGCUCUGCAGAUGUGGCCCUGACUGACAUAGGCCCCAAGUUGCUUGGGCCAAGGAUGAGCAAGCCGACAGACCUGCAGCACGACCUGGAACGGAGCCUCCCAGCCAUCGCGUCCAUCAGCACCUCGCUUUCCCAGAGCCAGGGCUUCUCCCCGUACUGCUACUUCUCUCCAGAGAAGAGGAAAGCCAUCUCGGAUGUGAGGAGGACCUUCUGUCUCUUUGUCACCUUCGAUCUGCUCUUCAUCUCUUUGUUGUGGAUAAUCGAACUGAAUACCAAGGAUGGCAUUCAGAAGAACCUGAAGAAUGAAAUCUUCGAUUACAAUUUCAAGACCUCUUUCUUUGACAUAUUUGUCUUGGCUUUCUUCCGAUUUUUUGUGUUGCUGCUGGCCUACGCGGUUGUGAGGCUGCGCCACUGGUGGGUCAUAGCGGUCACCACGUUGAUAUCCAGUGCCUUCCUGAUUGUGAAGGUCAUCCUCUCCGAGCUUCUCACCAAAGGGGCGUUUGGCUACUUGCUUCCCAUCGUCUCGUUUGUCAUUGCUUGGUUAGAGACUUGGUUCCUGGAUUUUAAAGUCCUCACUCAGGAAGCAGAAGAGGAACGAUGGUACCUGGCAGCCCAGGCUGCAGCUGCCCGGGGGCCCCUGCUGUACCCUGGAGCCCUUUCCGAUGGGCAGUUCUACUCCCCGCCGGAGUCCUUUGCAGGGUCGGACAACGAGUCGGAUGAGGAAGGUCCGGGAAGGAAGGCGUUGACAGCUCAGGAGAAAGAAUACGUCCGACAGGGCAAAGAAGCUAUGGAAGUUGUGGACCAAAUCCUUGCCCAGGAGGAGAACUGGAAGUUUGAGAAGAACAAUGACUUCGGUGAUGUCGUUUACACGUUUGAAAUACCUUUCCAUGGCAAGACCUUUAUUUUAAAGGCUUUCCUGCAGUGCUCUGCUGAAACGGUUUACCAGGAGGUUAUUCUGCAGCCCGAGAAGAUGAUCCUGUGGAACAGAACGGUGGCAGCUUGCCAGAUCCUGCAGCGGGUUGAAGACAACACGAUCGUUUCAUAUGAUGUAGCAGCCGGGGCUGCAGGCGGCGUCGUUUCCCCCAGGGACUUUGUGAACGUGCGGCGGAUCGAGAGGAGAAGAGACAGGUACAUUUCCUCAGGGAUGUCGACCACGCACAGCCUGAAGCCUCCACUCUCCAAGUACGUCAGGGGUGAGAACGGACCUGGAGGAUUCGUCGUAUUGAAGUGCCCCAGCAACCCCCGGGUCUGCACUUUUAUCUGGAUCCUAAACACGGACCUGAAGGGUCGCCUGCCCCGGUACCUCAUCCACCAGAGCCUGGCAGCCACCAUGUUUGAGUUUGCCUUCCACCUGCGGCAGCGGGUCGGGGAGCUCUGCAGCAAGCCCUGAGCGCCGUGCUCUGCCCUGCUGGACUGGAUGUGGGCACGCAGGAGGGGCUGCUCCUCUCCUUCCCCGCCCAACCGGAGCCCUGGAGCUGCCGUGUGGUGUGUGCCAAACCCCUGUCCUGCUCUGCCCUGCAGCUGGGAUCUGCCCCGUGCUUGGUCUCCCUCCACAUUGAGUCUGGGGGCUCGUUGGCACCCCCAGGCUGCUGUGCCGAGGGUGAGGGAUUCGGAGGAGAAAGCCAGGCAGGGUGAGCACGCAGUUCUGUCACCUGCCACUCACACACGGGGACAAAGCACGGCUCCUGUGUGGCUCGUGGGCACCUUCCCCUGCAUGGGGGGCUGCUGUGGGGACCCUCGGGGCGCUGCAUCCUGUGGGAUGCUCCUGAGCUCAGCGUGCAGCCCUGCAGGCUGUGGGAUCAGAGCCUUCCGCCUUCCCCAGGGGCUGUGGGGGCGAGCGCAGCUUGGUGCUGCUUGCACUGCUGCCACGUUCUGCUCUGUCAUGGGAAGCAGCGUGGAGCUGCCCCUGUGUGGGUGCCCACAACGGCAGCCCUGAGGGGGGGGGGAGCGCCUGUGGAACCCCCCAAGGGCUGGACCUGGGGUCUCUGCACCUCUAUCAGUGCCCGUCCUGGUGCUUCUGUUGGUACUGGGGGGCACCUCCGGCUGGCAUCUGUCAAAAUAAAGAGCCUUGCACUAUUUGCA